AGCGCUCCUUCUCUCCGCUCCUCUGACGCUGGAACAUCCUGGACGCGAAGAGGACUCAAACAGGCGGAAUUAAUUCACACAAACGCACCGAGAGAGAGAGAGAGAGAGAGAGAGAGAGAGAGAGAGAGAGAGAGAGAGAGAGAGAGAGAGAGAGAGAGAGAGAGAGAGAGAGAGAGAGAGAGAGAGAGAGAGAGAGAGAGAGAGAGAGGCAGAGAAAGGAAAAGAAAAGCGAGAAGGAAGGAAUAUUUAGAAACGGAACAAGUGGAAGGAAUACAACUUGUAGAUCACUGGAAGUUUUGACGUGAUGGGGAUUUUCGCUGUUGUGCUCCUGCUGGUUCACGCCUCGGUGGUGUCCAGACUGGCCAGCGGUGCCGCAGUUGACAGGUAUGAAAGCGACAGGCAGCGGCACACAGCUGUGUUCAACUUGGACACGACCAAAAACAGGAGGGUGGAGGAGGAGAACGUGAGUGCGACGACAGCGGAGUAUGGUCAGAAAGGCGUGGAGGAGGAUUACAGGGAUUAUUUCUAUGAAGACGAGUAUGAAGAUGGCAUGUCUGGAGACUAUGUGGAGUUGCCAAGAAUUGCCAUGGUAAGCAAACCCAACAAUCCGUCUUCCAUCCUGGAGACAGAAAGCACAGAAGGACAGAAAAGGAGAGGGAGGGGAAGAAAGAGUGGGAAGGGAAAGGGAAGGAAGAGGAAUCCUUGCCUGAGGAAGUACAAAGAUUUCUGCAUUCACGGCACCUGCCAGUACCUGAGGGACAUCCGCGCCCCAUCCUGUGUGUGCCACGUAAGCUACUCUGGGGAAAGGUGUCAGUUUUUCACGUUGUCCCUGGGGAAGCCCCAGGAGGGCUACAACCGGAGCACGGCUCUGGCCGUGGUGGCGGUGGUGCUGUCGUCCGUCUGCCUCACCAUCAUCGGCCUUUUGUUGUUGCUUAGGUUUCACAAGCGGGGAGCGUAUGAUGUAGAGAAUGAAGAGAAGGUCAAACUAGGGUUAGCGUCCAACCACUGAGGAGACAAAGAGAGGCAAAGAUGUGGAAAUUCUACCUCAAAAUAGAAAAAGAGAAGUGAACUGCAAAAGGAAGGUCCUGGAGGGAAAAGGAUCGUACACGAAGAAGGGAACCAAGGCCGUUUUCUGCCUUGACCCCCUGCUAGACGUUCAGAUGAAAAAUGGGCAGGUGAACAUAUUCCUGAAGGCCUCAGAAGAAGUCGGCCCACCUGAAACUGGAAUACUAACGGCCCAGAAGAUGGACUGGAGAUGUGACGAGCCGUAGGUGAUGAGCACGAAGGAACGAGGAGAAGAAGAAGGAACAUGUCUAGACUCUGUGCUGCUUCUCGACUGUGUGAAAAGAGGUCGUUUUUGGACGGAACUGAACAAGAUUUUUUAACAAAAGCAUUUUGUAUUUUCCUGCACAAGUCCAUCUUUUUUUUUUUUUUUGUGUACAGUAAACCGUAUAUUUAUAAUUUUAAUUUAUUUAUUUAAACUAACUGUAUUUAUAGAGAUUUUAACCACCUACAACCGUUUUUAAAAUAAUGAUGUUACAGUUGUUUUUAUAUUUCUUAUUGGACGUUAUUUAUUUAUGAAACAGAAAAGCAAACAAUGCUGAAAGCUCAUUGACAGAUUCAGUAUUUCAUGAAAAGGGAUUCGAUGCGUAACUAUCUGAUUUCUGGCGUUAUUAAUUUCGGCACUUAGUAGACGAUCAAUAGCACUGUGAUUAAUAGAUUGGUCAUGAAUAGACAUGAUCGUUUUUUUAAAUUAUUCGGGCUAGUUUCAUUGAGAGCAACGCUCUGCUUGUACUCCCAUUGUUACGAAAAUUCACACCUGGAAGCUGCCCAGUGCAACCAGUUUGAUUUGUAAGCCACUCGGCAGCUCGUGGCCUUGCUCAAAGGCACAACGGUGGUGGUAAUGGGGCUGCUCUUACUCCCAAAUUUGUCCUACAGGUUUGGGGAUCUUUUUGCCGCUUUAGGGUGAGUCUUCUGCCUCAGUGUUAUAAGAUCAGAUCAAUGCCUGUCAUCACGAUACAUCGCACUGGCUGUGUAUUUAUUAAAGCCAACAAAAAAACUGCCCUCAGCAACUGUAUUAUUAAGAAGCGUUCAAAAGCGAGUCAAAUAUCAAAUACACUGCAACAAGAAUUUGGUAAAAACAUGUUGUCAUGUGGUCUUACCGUCAUUAGAGGAAUAAAUCAUUCAGAUCCAUGUUGGGCUGUCAUGUAAAAGAGAACAUAAAAUGUGAAUUACAGUGUUCCACUCUUUGAAAUCCUGUCCUGCAGUUUUGAAGUGAUUUUUAUUUAUGUGAUUUUUUUCUUCUUUUUCAGAGCGAAAUAAAAAAAGACUCAAAAAGA